AUGAAAUCAUCCAUAUAUCCUAACACAUGUGUUGAUUUGCCAACAACAACAAUUGAAAAAAAUUCUAAUAAAUCACUUAAAUGGUUCUCAGGUAUAUUUGUAUGGGGUAGACGAUAUAAUCAAUCAAUAAAACAAAUGAAUGUUAAUCAAUUAACAACAUAUAGAACACAUCAGUCUAAACAAACUUAUACAAGUGAAGAAUUAGCAUUCAUUAAAAAAAUUUUACGAGAAGAAAAUUUACGAAAUAUUUUAUUGAAUACGAAUGAAGAAAAAUCUUAUGGCAGAAAAGAUAUUGACCAAAUAUUUGAAAAUAUUAUGGAAAGAUUAAAAGCAAGUGCUGCACCAUCAGCUAAUGAAGCCAUGAAAAAAGUUGAACGAGCCUAUCGUAUUGUAUGUAAAGAAUUUAUUGAGUCAUAA